AUGGCGAUGAUGAUGACUGGCCGUGUGCUGCUGGUGUGUGCCCUCUGCGUGGUGUGGUGCGGUACUUCUGGCGGUAGAUGUGACGAGGAGAAGGAGACAACUCCUGCCAAUUUAUCCGGUGCUCCUUCGAGUGGUGAGAGUCCCCCGACAGAAUCAAAAGCUUUAUCCCCAGCAUCGGGCUCCCCAAGUUUAAUAUCAAAACCAAAAGAGGAUGAAAAAUCAAAACACCUACCUGCAAAAGAAUCUUCGGAAGCAAAAGAAGGAAGCUCUUCUGAAGGAAAUGUUGUUAAUGGAGAUGAAGCACUUCAAGAAGAACCUUCAGGAAAUCUUUCGGAAUCUGAAGAAGAAGAAGGCCUGCCGAAAGAACAAAAGGAAGAAAAGAAGACGCACGUAAUACAAGAUGGAGAACAGAACAGAAAUCAACCAACAUCGCAUGAACCAUCACCACAUCAACCACCAUCUGCUGAAAGUCAUGCUGGUUCUACUAGUGCAUCUGUUGGUGGUGUUAAGGAUUCUUUGGAUUCCCCUUUACCUGGAGUUAUUUCUUCACCCCACGGUGAUGGUGACAGGGGGACCACAGGCAGUACUCUAUCCAAUCCGCAGAGUACAUCCCCUAAAGAGGUUUUGUCAACUGAAGAAACAGGGGCUCAACGUCACUCAUUAUCCAAUGAAAAGGCAGCAAAAGGUGAUAUUGUUGGCAGUAUCGCUACGCCGGGAAGCGAAGGUCCAUCCUUUUUGGAAGAACAAAAGACAAAAGACUUGGAAUCAGAGACUCACCAAACAGCAGGAUCAUCAGAGGAUCUGAAUACAGAAUCACAAGGCAGUGCAAAGGCCCAACUGGAAUUAGUAAACGUAAUAAAGCCGGAGCCCCAGACUUCACAUGGAAUAAAAACACCAGAAACAGAGGGGAAUGACAGCCACAACACCGAUAUAUCUAAGAAUUUGCCUGAUGCGCAAGAAACAGAACAUGUCCAAGAAAAAAAUAACGAAAAUCCAGCAUCCAGCCCAGUUAAAGCGCAGAGGACAUCCACUGCCACUCACGAAGAAGCACCGGCUUCGCAUCCAAAUGGAAUUCCUUCUCCACUUCAAAAGGAAACAUUCACUGGGAUGAAGACAACUGAGGAUGUCCAACCUCCGGAAGCCGCAGCAACAAAUAAACCACAAACUGGCGAUAAGUCGAAGGAUGUCAACAGUGACGGCGGCACCGCUGUCUCCCACACCACUUCCCCUCUUUUGCUUCUUCUUGUUGCGGCCGCUGCUGCUGCGGUGGUGGCCGCGUGA